CCCAGACCGGGACUGCCGACGACUCCACAAUUUCCCAAAUUUGCCUUCGUCCAGAGUCCCCAGCGGCAGUGCGCUUAGCCGAUCUUCAUUGCCGGUAGUUCGAAGCCAGCGUGCAACUGGCUCAGUCCGUACGCGAGCCAUCCCGAGCCCCGGAAUCCCUUCGGGUGGCUAUAUUUUGAUAUAAGUAUGUUGCCGGGCCCCGGUUUUCAACCGGGGCGAAGCGAAAGUCGAGAUCCUCUCCUUCCAUUCCUCCCUGUGUCUCUUGCUUGAUUUAGCAGUCUAAUAUCCGUCAUCAUGGCCUCUCCAAUUCCCCGAGGCCUGCGCCAGGUCCUCCAGAAGUCUCCCUCGGACAUUGUCAUUCUUUCUUCCCUCCGUACCCCGGUUACCCGUGCGAAGAAGGGCGGUUUCAAGGACGCCUAUCCCGAAGAGCUGCUCGCUCACGUCCUCCGGGCCACUUUGGAGGCGAACCCGAACCUCGACCCUGCUCUCAUUGACGAUGUUGCCAUCGGUUCCGUCCUCCAGGAACUCGGUGGUGCGAAGGCUGGCCGUAUGGCUCAGAUCCACGCCGGCUUCCCCCACAGCGUGCCUUUCCACACGAUCAACAGACAGUGCUCUUCCGGUCUGGCUGCUAUCUCCACCAUUGGAAAUGGAAUCCGCUCCGGAGCUAUCAACGUCGGUGUCGGUGGUGGAAUGGAGUCCAUGACCAGAAACUAUGGCUCCCGCGCCAUCCCCACCGUUCUCUGGCCCGAGCUGAAGGAGUCUCACUCCCAGGACUCCCGCGACUGCAUCAUGCCCAUGGGUAUCACCUCCGAGAACGUUGCUUCGCGCUACGGCAUCUCCCGUGCCGACCAGGACGCUUUCGCUGCCGAAUCUCACAAGAAGGCUACUGCCGCCCAGAACGCCGGUCUGUUCGACAAGGAAAUCAUCCCCGUCAAGACCCUCUCCUAUGACCCCGAGAACCCCGACGCUCCUCCCAAGGAGAUCACCGUGACCAAGGACGACGGUAUCCGCCCCAACAUCUCGGUUGAGAAGAUGGCUAGCCUGAAGCCCGCUUUCUCUCCCACCGGUGCUAGUACCGCUGGAAACAGCUCCCAGGUCAGCGACGGUGCCGCUGCCGCUCUGCUCAUGCGCCGUUCGACCGCCACCGAGCUCGGCCUGACCUCUCAGAUCAAGGGCCGCUGGGUUGGUACUGCCGUUGCGGGCUGUGCUCCCGACGAGAUGGGUGUCGGUCCCGCGGUUGCUAUCCCCAAGCUCCUCCAGCAGCUUGACAUGACCGUCUCGGACGUUAACGUCUGGGAAAUCAACGAGGCUUUCGCCUCCCAGGCCCUGUACUCUAUCCGCAAGCUGGGUAUUGACGAGGCCAAGGUCAACCCCAAGGGUGGUGCCAUUGCUAUCGGUCACCCUCUCGGUGCCACCGGUGCCAGACAGCUUGCCACUCUGCUGCCUGAGAUGGAGCGCACUGGCCAGGAGGUCGGUGUUGUGAGCAUGUGCAUUGGCACUGGUAUGGGCAUGGCCGGUAUGUUCGUCCGGGAGUAAAGGGUGAACAUAACAAAAAGCAGAAACAAAAUUUGGGGCGUUUCUUUCUUGUACAGGUUAUAGCGACUUUAGUUAUUAUGAUAUCAGCGUAGAGACGCAUGUAAAUACAUACACGCACAAUACUAUUUAUACCCUGUAUGAAGACCUAUAUUUCCAAACUGAU